UGAAUAUAAUAUUAAUUUCGUCUGUUUGGCGUUUUAUUGAGCAAUUUGUUUUUUCAUACUUUAAAAUUAAAAUAUUUUUUAAUCAUUAUGAAUUUGUAGCGAUCAAUAUAAGUCGUAUUAAGCAAUAAAAUUAAAUCAUAGUUAUAUAAAAUAGAUGUGUAAUCAUGAGUUUUUCUAUAGACGAAGUAAACUUUCUUGUGUACCGAUACUUGCAAGAAUCUGGUUUUCAUCAUUCGGCAUACACUUUUGGUAUCGAGUCUCACAUAUCUCAAAGUAAUAUAAACGGAGCGCUUGUGCCACCCGCUGCAUUGUUGAAUAUAUUACAGAAGGGCCUACAGUACACAGAAGCAGAAAUCACAAUUGGAGAAGACGGUACAGAAACUCGUCUUACAGAGAGUCUUAGUCUUAUAGACGCUGUAACUCCAGACAUUGUAGCAGCACGACAAAAUGCCCACAAUGCUCAAAAACAAGCAAAUAAGGAGCCUGGCUCAGGGGGUGAACAAAAUGGUGUUGAUGGUACAACUUGCAAUGCAGCAUCUACAACUGGAGGUGCAGCAACACCUAGUGCUCCUGAAAAUAUGGACAUGGAUCAAUCAAUCGAAAUACCUGCUAGUAAGGCUACAGUCCUAAGAGGACAUGAAUCUGAAGUAUUUAUAUGUGCUUGGAACCCCAGCACAGAUCUGCUGGCCAGUGGCUCUGGAGACAGUACUGCGAGGAUAUGGGACAUGUCGGACAAUCCUGCCACUACACCUAAUCAACUUGUAUUAAGACACUGUAUUCAAAAAGGUGGAGCAGAAGUACCUAGCAACAAAGAUGUUACUUCACUUGAUUGGAAUUGUGAUGGUAAUCUACUAGCAACUGGCUCAUAUGAUGGAUAUGCAAGAAUUUGGACGACCGAUGGUACAUUAGCAUCAACCUUGGGUCAACACAAAGGCCCUAUUUUUGCUCUAAAAUGGAACAAACGUGGAAAUUACAUUUUGAGUGCUGGUGUGGACAAAACAACUAUAAUAUGGGAUGCUGCAUCAGGACAAUGUACACAACAGUUCUCUUUCCACGCAGCACCAGCUCUCGACGUAGACUGGCAAACUAAUAAUUCAUUUGCAUCUUGUUCUACUGACCAAUGCAUUCAUGUCUGCAAACUGCACGUUGACAAACCAAUAAAAAGCUUCCAAGGGCACACAAAUGAAGUGAAUGCCAUUAAAUGGGAUCCUCAAGGACAGUUGUUAGCUUCAUGUUCGGAUGAUAUGACCCUUAAAAUAUGGUCUAUGAAACAAGACACUUGUGUACAUGAUUUGAAAGCUCAUUCAAAAGAAAUCUACACAAUCAAAUGGUCUCCUACUGGACCAGGCACACAAAAUCCCAAUAUGAAUUUGAUACUAGCCAGUGCAUCUUUUGACUCCACUGUACGUUUGUGGGAUGUGGAAAGAGGAGUCUGUAUACAUACUCUUACAAAACACACAGAGCCAGUCUAUAGUGUUGCAUUUUCUCCUGAUGGUAAGUUUCUGGCUAGUGGCUCCUUUGAUAAAUGUGUGCACAUAUGGUCAACACAGACAGGUGGUCUUGUACACUCCUACAAGGGUACAGGAGGAAUUUUUGAGGUGUGUUGGAAUUCUCGGGGCACAAAAGUAGGCGCAAGUGCAAGUGAUGGAAGUGUUUUUGUGUUAGAUUUACGCAAAUUAUAAUUUUGUAAUCAUUUUUGCUACUUAUAUAUCGUAAAACAAAUACAGUCUGGCAGUUUUGCUUAUUUAACAUAAACAAUGAUGUUAUUUAUAUUAGUAUUUUUAAUGAAAUUUUAAAUAGACGAAUAUAAAUCAAAUUGGCAGUUUUGGAAAAGUUAAUAAAAAGCUUUACUUGAUUACAUUAAUAUUCAAAAAGUAGUACGAAUUAAAUAGGUAUACCUAUUUUAUUUAAUGUUGUAAGGAUAAUUAUUUAAUAUAUUUUUUGCAAACAAUGCUGUAGGAGUAUUUUUUAUACAAUACAAUCUUUAUUCCAACAUGUAUUUUACAGCAUCCUUGGAAAUAAAUGUGUUUCUUUAAAUU